AUGCUCUAUACGGCUAAGGAAAAAUACGAUUUGCGUGAUCUAUCUCCGGCCAGCUGGAAUAUCGUAGUGAACUCAAUACUUCAAGAGGAACGAAUAGCCAAGAAAUAUUUCAGAAAUGCUUUCCGUGUGAAGGAUGCCGAGUGUGACAACGAGUGUCAGCGGAAUCUGCUAUGCGCCUUGCGAAUGGGCCAUCAUAACUCCACUCUUUACUGUCCUCAAGACCAACGGAGGCGGUCUUUACUCACCAAUAGGACCACAGAAUAG